CACCACUUCUCUUCUUUUCCACCCCGACAAUUCAUUUCUCUCCCUUUUACCCAGUAUAUAUCCCUCUACUGCUAUACGACUGGUUACUUGAACGCCCUGCACAGGCAUCGCAGCAGCUGGUCGAUCCCGUUGCGCGUUUCUGCCCGCCUGGCACGCUCCCCAAUGUGGCGUUCAAGUCACUAUCUAUGCGCUUUCCUUUCAACCUCUGUGAAGGGAUUCCACGACGAUUGAGAAUUUAUCGCUAGACGGAUAGGAACGUUUGCAUCCGUUAUUUUUCCAAAAUGGAACGUCAACGAAAGCGAGAGCUUCGCAGCUUGAAUGAACGAGCUUGGGCUGGGGAGAGUGAUAUCUUCUCAGUUAGCAAAUCGCUCGAUUCGGCAUUGAAGAAAAACACCGCUUUUAUCAAACGUCUUCGUACCGGUAUCAGUGCUUCCACCCAGAAAACCUUCCUCGCCGAUAUCCGCACGCUGUCGCUGCAUAAAUACCUUUCCGAAAUCAUUUCCGCUUGCUACGAGGGUCUCUGCAAACUCAAGUCUCCCGGCGAGAUCGCCGUUGGCGUCGAGAUCGCAAGCGCACUACAUCAGCGAUUCGGACCGGCUGAGUUCACCAGACAAAUCGGAUGGCUAUUGGGUCGAGGAUUGAGCACACCGGACAAGUCUCAGUUGAAAGCACUCGCUCCAGAGCUACGCGAGAAGGAAGAGAAGGAGCGGCUGUCCCGGCACCGCAUUUUACUGCGUGUCGUCACUGAACUUUGGCUUGUGGGUGUGCUACGGACUUUGGAUGACAUCGAACGGCCGGAGGAUCUGGGGGCCAAGGGUAAAGAUGGCGUGGUUGGCAAGACACCUGACACCGUGGCCCGAGGAAAGCCGUCAGCGGACAAAGAAGCUGAUCCUUUCCCGCUCGAAGUGUUGAAGGAUCUCCUGGGCCAUGACCGUCAACAUGCGAAUUUGCCUCUUGCAGUCCUCUUUGUCAAGAGCUUUGGCUGGGACAUUCUGGGUGUGAAGGGUGUCGAAGAAGGUAGAAAGACGGUUGAGGCAGAUGGGGCUACGACAGUGGAGGCCACAGAGUCCAAUCAGAAUGGCACAGAUGCGAGCGCUAAUGAAAACGACCUUCCGCUUACUCCGGAGAAAACACAGAACCGCUUCAAGGCUAUCCUCAACCGCUAUUUGGAGGACGUCAAAGCCCACGUUGUCCGUGACCAAAGAGCAUUGGCUACGCAGAGUCGCCGGAAUGCUGAAGCCUAUGUAAAGAGUGGUGAGAUUUUUGAGGAUCGCCAAGCCACUUUCGACAAACAGUCUAAGAAUCUGGAAAAGCUGGUCUCCAACACGCAGGUUCUCUGUGAGGCUCUUGGUGUCGAAAUGCCGUCCUUGACUGAGCAGGAAACUGCUGAUCAAGCAUCGAGUGGCGGUAUAGGCCUAGUGAGAACCGCGGAGUAUUUGCGCGGCCAGGGUGAAGGAGCAGGAAUCUGGGAAGACGAGGAAGAGCGGCGUUUCUACGAAAACCUGGUUGAUCUCAAAGGCAAAGUUCCCGCGGUUCUGCUUGAGGAUGGAAAGAAAAAGAAGGCCGACGAUGAAUCCGCCAAAAAGAAGGUGGAUGGCGAGACAGAUCCAUCAGCAGAAACCAAGGGUGAGUCGACCGGACAAGCACAAUCUCCAUCGGAAGAAAAGCCACCCUCAGAGGCAGACGAUCAGUCUGCGGCCAUGGUUAGCAAGACUGUCGGAGCUCAGGUGGACGCCCUCUUGGCCAAACUCCCUGACCUGCAGAACAAGGACCAAGUCGACCAAAUGGCGUUGGAUUUCUGCUUUCUCAAUUCCAAGGCUUCGAGGAACCGGUUGAUUAAGGCUGUGUCUGACAUCCCUAAGGGUCGGGUUGACCUUAUGGCUUUGUACGCACGCUUGGUUGCCACGCUUGGUCAACAUCUUCAUGACAUCCCCCAAGGUCUCAUUACCUAUCUGGAUGAAGAAUUCCGGAGUCUCCAGCGCCGAAAGUCGAAGGAGUUCCUUGGUCAAGUUCGAAUGAGUAACAUCCGGUACCUUGCGGAAUUGACGAAGUUUGGCGUUGUCCCUGAGCACAUCAUCUUCCAUUGUUUCAAGGUUUCCCUGGAUGACUUCUCGCGCAUGAACAUCGAAAUCAUAGGACACUUGUUGGAGAAUUGCGGUCGCUACCUGCUUCGGAAUCCUGAGACUUCUCCGCGGAUGGCUUCUUUUCUGGAGACGCUUUCUAGAAAGAAGACCGUUCAGCAUCUGGGGCAACAAGAGCGGAUGAUCAUUGAAAAUGCUAUUUACUACGUUGAUCCUCCGGAGCGACCUGCCAUUCAGCAGAAGGAGCGCACGCCUAUCGAGUCGUACAUUCGACGAUUAAUCUAUAUGGAUAUGAACAAGCGCAAUUACACCAGGAUCUUGAAGUCGAUUCGCAAGCUUCACUGGGAAGAACAAGAUGUUGUCAAUAUUCUGGAACGCAUCUUCAGUAAACCGGUCAAGGUCAGAUACGGCAACAUCCACCUUCUGGCAAUCCUCGUCAGCGCUUUGUAUAGAUAUCACCAGGACUUUGUCAUCGGCAUCGUGGACAAUACCCUGGAGUAUAUCACUUUGGGACUCGAGCAGAAUGAAUUCAAGUUCAACCAGAAGCGCAUUGCUGAGGUCAAGUAUCUGGGAGAGCUGUACAACUACAAGAUGAUCGAUUCGCCUGUGGUAUUCGAUACCUUGUAUCGGAUCGUAACUUAUGGUCAUGAGGGCGGCACUCCCAUUCCUGGAAAGAUCAACCCCCUUGAUUUGCCGGACGACUUCUUCCGUAUCCGUUUGGUCUGCACUAUACUGGAUACUUGCGGUCACUGCUUUGACCGUGGAUCUGCGAAGAAGAAGUUGGACUUUUUCCUCACUUUCUUCCAGUACUACAUCUUCACGAAAGAGCCACUACCAAUGGAUGUCGAUUUCCUCAUUCAUGAUACCUACUCCGCGACCCGUCCUCAGUGGAAACUUGCUGGCGAUCUGCAAGAAGCAACGAUCAUAUUCAGUGAAGCAGUUGCCCAGAACUACAAGACGCAAGAUGCCGGAAAGCACAUGGAACCUGAGCCUGAGGAAGAGGAUGUGGAAACCAGUUCAUCCGACGAGGGUCUAGAGGAAGAUGCUAUGCCGGAAGUGGAAGAUGAACAAGAAUCCAGUGACGAAGCUGAGGCUGAAGCGUCCGGUCCGAAUGCAGAGCAAAACGACGACAGCGAAUCCGAUGACGAGGCUUUUGUUGGACGUCAGGAAGAGGAACGGGAUCCUGAAGUGGAGGCUGAAUUCGACAGGGAGCUUGAGAAGAUGAUGGCGGAUAGCGUUGACUCGCGCAGGUUUGAGCGGAAGGCUGUUUUCGACGUUCCGUUGCCGAUGAAACGUGCUGCGCGGGAAGCCAGUGGUGCGGAGCACACUGAAAGCUCUCAGGACCAGGCGAAUACUAUGGCCUUUUCCUUGAUGACGAAAAAAGGAAACAAGCAGCAGACCCGCACUAUCGACCUGCCAUCUGAUUCCAGCUUUGCCCUUGCCAUGAAGAGCCAGCAACAGGCGGAUCGGGAGGAACAGCAGCGGAUCAAGAACCUGGUCCUCAACUACGAGAUGUCAAAUGAGCCCGAGAAUACUGAGGUUGUCGAGAAGCGUACACCUCCCCGAGACACCAGGAUCGACAAGUCCGCUGCCAACCGCUCUGCUUUUCGCUCGCGAAAGCUCCAACUGAGUGAUGUCAACUGGUAAUGGGAUUGAGCCGACUCGUACAACAUCUGUGCAUAUUCCUUAAGAGGAACAGCCUACCGCAGCACCCGAACAACAGGGCGAAUAUUACCCUCUUCAGGGCGACAGGCACGUAUAGGGCACAGUACUCUACACAGAGUUCUAUUGAUCAUCACAGAAGCAUCCCUGGUCUAUCGCCGGAAGGGUUGUCUGACACUCAGCCCAACGCUGGCAGCAUGUCAAUUCAGCAGGCCCUACCCUGCCUAAAGUUACCAGGGAGCUCAUCCUGGCCCUAAACCUGCCCAACUGCCUACAUGUACUACCAGUACUCCGUCCACGGACAGAAUAGAAUGACAAUAAAUUGAAGUUUUUUCACAUCUCA